UCAAAAAUAAAUCCAUAUCUCAUGGACUCGGAAAUUAAAGCUGUCCAGGAAACUUCAUUUCUUUCGUCGACUAACUUAAUUAUGUGCUUCACUGCAGAGCAAAACUUCUCCGUCAAUUCAAACUGCUCGCUUGCCGUAGGUGUGACUGAAUCAAUCGGCUGGAUCUUCAUUUGAAAAGGCAUAUUGAUCAUCACUAACACUAACAAAUUACCAUACACCUGACUUCACUUCCAGUGAUUAUAGCAAAACACAAAAACUAUGACGAAAAAAUGUUAUGUUUAUUUGAUCUAUUUUAGGCGCAAGUAGGGUGAGAAAACCAAACUGAAUUGGACCAAAAUAACAUAAAGAGGAUUGAUUAUAGGUAUGGUAUAGAUAGGGUUAGGUUUAUGAUGAAUAACAAACAAUCCGCGUACUAUUGCUAUUAAAAUUUGAGAGUUUUACAGCUUAACAAACUCUAAUAAUUCUUGAUUCCAAGAAUUUCUAAGAAUUAACCCAAUAAUAUCCACAGUUGUAGGAGAUGGAACAUGACAAUAAUUCCUUUCCAAUAAGGAGCAGUAAUUUAAUUGGUUCGUUGAUUUAAUCAUUCCCAAAAGGUUUAGGAAAAGGAUAUGAAUGCAUAUAUAAAAAGGGCCAUAGUUGAUUUUGUUUUUUGAUAAACCAAACCAAACCAAGCCAAGUUCGUUCGUUCAUAAUGUCAAGCAAUAUCAUCAGCAGAAAGUUGGCUAUAAGUUUCAUCAACCACUCGUGUUUGUUAUUAGGAUUAGCAGCUUCGUUUUCAUGGCUAUACUUUGGCCAGCGCGUGAGUUCUUGGAGAAGAGCUCUUCAUCCGAACCCCCUCGUAGACCUGGGGCUAUUAUCGUUGGCCGUAUGGCUCUUUAAGAAGAUGACGUGCUGGUUUUAUCCGAGUCGCAAAACAAAGAUAACCAAUUUGAUUUCUCUGGCCAUGCUUCAAAUCCUCAUCAUGAUCAUCCCGGUCAUGGGUUAUGCCAUGGUGGUCACCCAUAAGGGAGAAGGAUGGGUAGUUCCUGGAAGAGCCUACAAAGAGUAUGAUCGUGGGGACUUUUCCAAGGAGUUUAUCAGAGCAUGUUCAUCAGGAGAAUCACAGACGGGUCUUAUGUACGAUGCGGUAGCAGAUUUCGGAGUUUGCACUAGAUUUGGAGAGCAAUUCAAUCAUCUUAAUGAUUUGGAGUUCUACAAUACCAAUUUGACUCCAUUACAGGUUGCUGUAAACCGCCCAGCUAUUGUCCUUAUGAGUUCAAGAAUGCAACAAUUUGGAAAGAAAAAUACCUUAGAAGAUACUUUUUCAAAAAAGACUUUAUAUAUUGGAUAAAUGAAGGUGCAAACGAACUAGUGGAUGGGUACUGACUCUAUUGCAAUUCGUGCAUGGGGGCCAUACUUUUCAACAUCAAGUCGGAAUGGAGACAUAUGGUCCUUACCGAUACACUUGUCUUUAUAUCAUUGCUCCUUUUUUACUCAUUACGCUGUCGUUUUUUUUUCCUAUUUUCCAUUAAAUAAUUUUUCGAUUAUACAAGAACGAAUCACAUCUUUUGUCACCGACAAAAUUGGUUUCGUUCCCAUUGUUCCUGCAACACGAUUUUUACUUGUACGUUUGACUGGUUCUUUAAACACAAAUGGCCAAAUGCCAAUUUUACCAUCAAUUGACUGACCAGAAU